AACAUGGACGCCUUUUUUGGAAGCUGGAAACUUGUGAAAAGGGAAAACUAUAAUGUGAUCCUGGCAGUAUGUGGUACUGAAGAGGAAGUUAUACAACUUGCAGAUGUGGUUAAACCAGUCAUCACUUUUUCCCAAGAUGGUGACAGUCUGGUCUAUACAGUAGAUCACGUCAUUCUUAAGACACGAACCAAGUUCAGAUUCGGUGAAGAGUUUUAUGAAGAAGUUUUCCCUGGCAGAUUCUGCAGAAGUACUAUGAAACUGGAAGGAGAAAAACUCAUCCACGUACGGCUCUACCAGGGUUUUGAGUUCACGACUGUCCGAGAGAUCCAGGAUGGGAUAUUGAUUGCGACUAUCACACAUGAAGACAUCACUGCAGUACAGACGUAUGAGAAGGUGUAAAUGUUGAUCGCUGGACCUGCAGUAUGAAAACAUGCUUUAACACUACAAGCAAGAAG